AUGAAAAAUACCAAUAGCGAAUAGGGCGAUCUUUAAACUCGUGUUUAAGAAAAAUUUAUAUAAAGAAUAAAUGAUAAGUUUAAUUUUAAAUAUUUUUAGUUCAAACCUUAUUACUAAUUGCAAAGAAUUUUAAAAUAUAUUCUAAGAAUGUGUUUAAGUUCAAUUAAAUGAUUUUUAUUUUUUUGAGUAAAAGUAAAAUAUUUAUCUAGCCAACAUCCUGAUUUUCUUCCUUAUUUUAAAAUGAUUUAUAAUGACGAAGAGUAAUUUAUUUUUAAUGUUAGUGGAUGUUAAAUUAUAUGUUUAGGAUAAUAUUUCAAAGGAACAAAAAUAAAUAAAUAUUAAUAUAAAUUCAGGGAAAACUUAGAUGAGAUUUUUAAACCAAUAUUAAUUAAUUAACUCAAUAUAAAUUGUGAAUAUUAGGAAGGUCAAAAACAUGGAAAUUGGAUUAAAAUAGGAAAAAAUUUCUCUAAGUUUAAAUUUCUUUAAUUUGUUGUAUAGAAGAUGUUAAAUAAUUUAUAAUGGAGAUUAUAAUAAUGGAGUAAAAUGUAAUAAAUGGGACAUUUUAUACAGAAAGUAUUCAAGUGAAGAAUGAACAAUUAUGUAUUUUAAAUGUUAAAUUCUAGAGGAGGAGGAAAUUAUGAUAAUAAAGGAUAAAAAAUAGGAAUAUGGAGAUGCUUAAAUAAAGAAAUUUUGUAAUUAUUGAAAAUGUUAUCAAUAGUGAAAUCGUUAAUUGGGAAAUAUUAUAUAAAAAUGUGAUUAACAAAGAUAUUUGUUUCAGAAAAUCGGAU